AUAUUUUCAGAAUGUAAAAUAAAAUGUAAAUAAAUGUAUGAAAAACUCAAACCCACAAUCUCCCGCUCCGAAGGCGAGCGCCUUAUCCAUUAGGCCACGCGAACAUUAUGUCUUCCAAAUCGAAUUAACUAAAUUUAUUCAAAUACUACAUAAGCCAAUCAUCACUGCCAAAGGAGCAAAACCCAACAAAACCCUAACCAGAUGUCCUCCUGUUCAAUUGAUUGUUGUUUCCGCUGAAAAUCGAUGGCCCUGUCCUUAAUCCAAUGCUCCAAAACCCCUAAAUUUCUGCCCACUAAUCAUUUUCUAAAAUCCCGUUCAGUUCUGCUUCAACCUACAUUUCUUAGGUUUUCUACAUUGCAGCAACGGAGCGGCAAAGGAUUGAUUUGCGCGGCAUUUUCUGCCGCCGGAAGUUCUGGUUCAAGCAGCGAUGUAAACCCAUAUGAGGUUCUUGGUGUAAACCCUCUUGAGGGAUUCGAUAUGGUCAAGGCAGCUUACAAGAAAAAGCGCAAGGAUGCCGAGAGGAGAGGUGAUGACGCUGCAGCUGCUCAAUUGGAAAAAGCGUAUGACAAAAUCAUGAUGUCUCAGUUGACGAAAAGGAAGCAUGGUGAAACAUUCGGUUCAUUUAAGGUUUCAAAAGAUAUAAAGUAUGCUGAUAAACUGCCAGUCAUUCCAUGGGGACCAAGGUUUACCAAAUCUGAGGCCAAAGAUAUUCAAAUCAAUAUGGCAAUAUCAGCUGUCUUUACAGCUUGGAUAUUUAUCAGGGGAUAUGCUGAAUACAAACCUUUGCAAUUUUUGGCAUUUGUGUUUGUCUAUCGGAUAUUUGAGAAGUUAAAAGCAGUUGAACCUCCCUCAUCUCCGACAUUUAGUGAAGAAGGUGGUGAGGAUGAAGGGAGGAUGUUGAGAAUGGGUAAAAGGCUGCUCCGAUCUCUUUCACUGGUUUUUGGCUGUUUAGCUUUUGCCUCUCUGGGCUACACUGGUGUUUUAAAUGUGAUCGAAUAUGCGGCUGGCUUUGUACCUGUUUUCUUGUACAACAACCAGGAAUUGCUCGUAACUGCAUCAUCAGCGCUCAUGCUCUACAUUCUAGCCUCAUACUACCGAUGAGCUCCUACACUUUUCACGGAUUUGUGCUUGGUCGUGACAUUCACUAGGGCAGAAAAUUGUUAUAUUGUCAGUGCAGUGCCUAUAAAUUGAGGAAAAAACAAAUUUUGGAACUCGGACCGUUAUUUAACCCGAGUGAUGUUUUUUUUUACUCCUAGUCGAGAAAAUCAAAACUCAAUAAUAGAAAAUGAUACUACCUAAUAAUUGAAUUAAGCUUAUUUGCCCUUUCUCAAA